AUGAGGUAUCCUACCAACUUGGUGUGUACCGUGAUUACUCCAUCAUCUCUUCCAAUUCAACAAGUCAAAAUUGGAAGCUCCAUUCGUGCUCCAGAUUUUCCACACGCCAUUGCAAGAGAGGCACAAAUAUUGAUUAUCAAUAAUAAUACCAAUGAAAUUGAUUCAUGGACACCAAUACUUCUGAAUCUGACCAACCAAGGAGUUGUCUUGGAGAAUGAGAACAGACUGAAUCCACCAAAUAAUUAUAUAGAUUUGAUUGAGAAUUGGCUGCAACAAGGGCGUCCGGCAGGGACCACUUUCUCUAUGGGAAUCAAAAACGAAGAGACCGUGAAGCAAUGUUUGGACAUUUUGAGACAGAGACAAGAAAUUCUAGGAUCUUCUGAAAAACAAGUUCAACUCCGAAUCGACGCUCUAUUGAUGCUCGAAGUUUCUUACAAAAUGAUUAAACGACGUGAGAGAUUACUGAGAGAAGACCAAUCGAAGUGGUGGCUGAGACUAGCAGUUGUUCCGGGAAGAUAUGAUUAA